AUGGUUAUACCUCUGGCUGUGUAUAUCUGUGGGAUGCUGGUAUGCUGUGUAACUCUUAAUCCUUUCCUCUCCGCGGAGAUAUGUCUUCCUCUCACCUGCACUCAGACCUUCACACAGCACUCAGACCUUCACAAAGCACUCAGACCUUCACACAGCACUCAGACCUUCACACAGCACUCAGACCUUCACAAAGCACUCAGACCUUCACACAGCACUCAGACCUUCACACAGCACUCAGACCUUCACAAAGUACUCAGACCUUCACACAGCACUCAGACCCUCACAAAGCACUCAGACUUUCGCAAAGCACUCAGACCUUCACAAAGCACUCAGACCUUCACAAAGCACUCAGACCUUCACACAGCACUCAGACCUUCACACAGCACUCAGACCUUCACAAAGUACUCAGACCGUCACACAGCACUCAGACCUUCACACAGCACUCAGACCCUCACAAAGCACUCAGACUUUCGCAAAGCACUCAGACCUUCACAAAGCACUCAGACCUUCACACAGCACUCAGACCUUCACACAGCACUCAGACCCUCACAAAGCACUCAGACUUUCGCAAAGCACUCAGACCUUCACAAAGCACUCAGACCUUCACACAGCACUCAGACCUUCACACAGCACUCAGACCCUCACAAAGCACUCAGACUUUCGCAAAGCACUCAGACCUUCACAAAGUACUCAGACCUUCACACAGCACUCAGACCUUCACACAGCACUCAGACCCUCACAAAGCACUCAGACUUUCGCAAAGCACUCAGACCUUCACAAAGCACUCAGACCUUCACACAGCACUCAGACCUUCACACAGCACUCAGACCUUCACAAAGCACUCAGACCUUCACACAGCACUCAGACCUUCACACAGCACUCAGACCUUCACAAAGCACUCAGACCUUCACACAGCACUCAGACCUUCACACAUCACUCAGACCUUCACACAGCACUCAGACCUUCACACAGCACUCAGACCGUCACACAGCACUCAGACCUUCACACAGCACUCAGACCUUCACACAGCACUCAGACCUUCACACAGCACUCAGACCUUCACAAAGCACUCAGACCUUCACACAGCACUCAGACCUUCACACAGCACUCAGACCGUCACACAGCACUCAGACCUUCACACAGCACUCAGACCUUCACACAGCACUCAGACCUUCACAAAGCACUCAGACCUUCACACAGCACUCAGACCUUCACACAGCACUCAGACCUUCACACAGCACUCAGACCUUCACACAGCACUCAGACCUUCACACAGCACUCAGACCUUCACACAGCACUCAGACCGUCACACAGCACUCAGACCUUCACACAGCACUCAGACCUUCACACAGCACUCAGACCUUCACACAGCACUCAGACCUUCACAAAGCACUCAGACCUUCACACAGCACUCAGACCUUCACACAGCACUCAGACCUUCACAAAGCACUCAGACCUUCACAAAGCACUCAGACCUUCACACAGCACUCAGACCUUCACAAAGCACUCCGACCUUCACACAGCACUCAGACCCUCACAAAGCACUCAGACUUUCGCAAAGCACUCAGACCUUCACAAAGCACUCAGACCUUCACAAAGCACUCAGACCUUCACACAGCACUCAGACCUUCACACAGCACUCAGACCUUCACACAGCACUCAGACCUUCACAAAGCACUCAGACCUUCACACAGCACUCAGACCUUCACACAGCACUCAGACCUUCACACAGCACUCAGACCUUCACAAAGCACUCAGACCUUCACACAGCACUCAGACCUUCACAAAGCACUCAGACCUUCACACAGCACUCAGACCUUCACACAGCACUCAGACCGUCACACAGCACUCAGACCUUCACACAGCACUCAGACCUUCACACAGCACUCAGACCUUCACACAGCACUCAGACCUUCACACAGCACUCAGACCUUCACACAGCACUCAGACCUUCACACAGCACUCAGACCGUCACACAGCACUCAGACCUUCACACAGCACUCAGACCUUCACAAAACACUCAGACCUUCACAAAGCACUCAGACCUUCACACAGCACUCAGACCUUCACAAAGCACUCAGACCUUCACACAGCACUCAGACCCUCACAAAGCACUCAGACCUUCACAAAGCACUCAGACCUUCACAAAGCACUCAGACCCUCACACAGCACUCAGACCUUCACACAGCACUCAGACCUUCACAAAACACUCAGACCUUCACAAAACACUCAGACCUUCACAAAGCACUCAGACCUUCACACAGCACUCAGACCUUCACACAGCACUCAGACCUUCACAAAACACUCAGACCUUCACAAAACACUCAGACCUUCACAAAGCACUCAGACCUUCACAAAGCACUCAGACCCUCACACAGCACUCAGACCUUCACACAGCACUCAGGAUGGCACAUUAUCAUAAUACAGCCCAGCCUCCUGGUUUGCUAG